CGAAAUGAGAUUGUUGUUGUCAUUCUCGCUUCAGCCAGGAAGGGUCGCGAACGAUUUUUUGGUGGAAUUUUUCUACAAUUUCCUCCGUUGGAAAAGUGCUCAUUUGUGGUCGGAAAGCACACCGGAAGUGAACUGCAUUCCGCUCGAAUCGAAUGGAAAAGUGUUUGUCGGGUAGAUAUUUGAAAAUUUGUUGCUUUUAGAUUUGUAUCCGUCGACCCAAGCCUUCGAGAGUGUGGAUAAGAGGUUGCGAGGUACUUUCCAAACUUUGGAAACCGAAGAGAUUAACGAGGCGACGACGGAGAAUUUCGAUCCAAAAUGGUGAAGAGAAAAACUCAACCAAUAAUCGAUUCAGAAAGCAGCAGCGAUUCCGGAUCCGGUUCGGAUCUUGAUUCGGAGCUGCUGUCAUUGGCCAAGAAAAAGAAAACCGCCAGGCUGGCAUCGAAUUCUCCGGGAGGGAAGUCAUCGGAUUCCGAUUCGGAGGAUGAUUCCGAGCCAGAAGCGGCAGUGCAGCGUAAGAAGCGAAAUGCCAAGCCAGCCUCAUCCUCGGAGUCGGAAGAUGAGGAAGAGGAGGAGGAUGAGGAAGAAGAGGACGAGCCGGAAGAGGAGGAGGUCAAACCCGCGGCCAAAAGUGGCGUAAAGCGUAAACAACCGGAUGAGGAGGAGGAGGAAGAGAAAGGCGGAUCGGAACCGGAGGAAGGCCAGGUUUCGUCGGAGGAGGAAGAGGAAUCUGGUACCGGUUCGGGAGAUGACAGUGAUGAUGAAAGUGGAAGCAGCAGUAGCAGCGAUUCCGAGUUCAAUGACGGGUAUGAUGAUGAGAUGAUGGGAGAUGAAGAAGAUCGGGCCAGAUUGAAUGCCUUGUCGGAAAAGGAGCGUGAAACGGAAAUCUUCAAGCGUAUUGAGCGACGCGACGUUAUGAAGACGAGGUGGGAGAUUGAACGGAAACUGAAGCUGGCCAAGAAAGCAGAACGCGCGAAGGAUAAGGAAUCGCAACCUCCGAAAAAGAAAAAGAAGAAGGACAAAGCGAAGAAACUGGCUCAGCAGAAGGAGCAAGAGGAGAAGAAAAAGAAAGCCAAGGCUCCUUCUCCUGUGCCGAAGGAACCGUCUCCACCUCCACCAGUCGUUCAGCAGGCUGAGCCUUCCGAGGGAGAAGCUAGCGACAGUUCCCAUUCCUCGCCGGACAAAUCAAAAGACGCAGAAUCGGCUUCUGGUGCUUCGGAUUAUUUCGAUCCGAAAGAACGUUCAAAGGAACGAAAGAAGAACGUUGAAGCCAAUCGAACAGAUGACAAACGAAGCAAUGCCAUGGCCAUGUUGAAAGCGAAACGAGAAGGUAAAGCCAAGCGUGAGGAAGAGGAAGCUAAAAAGGAAGCGCAGCGCAAGGCGGAAACCGAGGACAAGGAUGAUCUGGAUGAUGUUCCUGGUGGCAAAUCGCAAAAGCUUAAAGCUUCAGACAUCUAUUCGGACGAUUCGGGAAGCGAUAGUGAAGAUGAUAAAAAGUCCGAUCGUCGAUCGAGAUCCGGUUCCAGUAGCGGCAGCGGAAGCGACAGUCGUUCCUCCUCCGACGAGGAAACGUGGGACAAAGAAAAGGACUCCAAGGAAAAGAAACCCUCGUCUAGUUCGUCCAGUUCCAGUAAGAAACCUGCCGCUAUCAGCAAUAAAGAGGAGCUCAACAAGUUACGAAUCUCGAGGCACAAGAUCGAACGCUUCAUUGCGCUUCCGAUGUUCGAUCAGAUUGUGCUGAACUGUUUCGUGCGGAUCAACAUCGGGAACAACAACGGAAGACCGGUCUACCGCGUGGCGGAGAUCGUGGGAGUCGUGGAGACGGCCAAAAUCUACCAAUUUGGAAAGUGUCGCACCAACAAAGGAUUUCGACUGAAGCAUGGCAGUCAGGAGCGGGUGUUCCGGCUGGAGUUCAUUUCGAAUCAGGACUUUACGGACAGCGAGUAUCAGAAGUGGUUGAGCGUUUGCGAAGCCACUGGAACGGCGCUGCCCUAUGUGGACGUCAUUGAGAAGAAACAGCGCGAAAUCAAGGAGGCGAUACAGUACGAGUUCAAGGAUGCGGACAUCGACAAGCUGAUCGAGGAGAAGAAUCGAUUCCGGGCACAUCCGACCAACUAUGCCAUGAAGAAGACGCUGCUCAUGAAGGAACGUGAUGCAGCCCAACUGCGCGGAGAAGACGAACUGGCCCGCGACCUAAACACUCAAAUCAUGGAGCUCGAAGAGCGUGCCAGCACUCUGGACAAGAAGCGUAGCAGCAGUAUUAGUUUAAUUUCCUACAUCAACGACCGCAACCGGAAGCGCAACGUGGAAGAUGCCGAGAAGGCCAUCAAGGAGGAAAUUCGUGCCACUCGCGGUAUGAAGAUCGAAGAUCCUUUCACGCGACGUCAGACUCAGCCACGGAUGUCGUUCAAAGCAUCUGAGAAAAAUAAUGAAGUCCCCACCAUCCAAAUGCCGGCGCCUCCACCGCCGGGACAGAAGAAGAAACCAGACGAGAAGAAAGCCGCAUCCAGUGCGGACAACAACCUGUACUCGUUGCAUGAUUUUGAAAUCGAUCUGGACGUACCUCUUCCGGUCGGCUCUGUCAAUGUACUUCCGAAACCGGUGGAGAAGCCGGUCAAAGAAUCCGGUCCGAAGCGGUCACUCAACCUCGAAGACUACAAAAAGAAAAGGGGUCUUAUCUAAAGCAACACACUAUUCUUACCGAGAACGAGACAACUAUCGGUAUUACCUUACUAUUACUCUAUACUGUUUCCCACUAAGUAGCAACGGAAUUAGUAGUUGCAUCGGAAUUUGAAAAUGUUUCAAGCUUAAACAUUGACAGACUCCACCCCCUCACCUAACACACAAGACACCACACCGAAGAGUUUGGUAAUAUCUAUUCACCUGUUUUUGGAUAAAAAUUCAAACGAGCACUAGCGAAGAUUCUCACGCUAUAUCCUCCCUUGUUGGCAUGAUUGAUUCUUCGUUCGAUUAGAGAUCCUUAGAAGAAUGCUUUAUUUGAACCAUGGAAAUUAACCCGUUGCAACCACGAUCCACGGUGGGUCGACAGACAGCAGAACAAUAGCAAACUAUUACGUUGAUAAAUUGUGUAUCACUUAGACUGUCUUCUUCUUAGUUUUAUUUAUUUUCGUCAUCCCCUCACGAUAUCACCGAUGACGACGAUGACGAUGCUAAUUGUGUAGGAUAAUCAAAUUAAUACUGCUGGAAAAGCAAAUUUAAAUACUAUAAGUUCAUUGUAAGCGCAUUGCAAAAGGCAGGAAAAUAUUUCUGAGCAAGAUAAGGAAGGAAAAUAUAACAAAUGUAUUGUUAUAACUGAGA